AUGGCCGAGAAUGUGGUGGAACCGGGGCCGCCUUCAGCCAAGCGGCCUAAACUCUCCUCUCCGGCCCUGUCGGCGUCGGCCAGCGACGGCACAGAUUUUGGCUCUCUAUUUGACUUGGAGCAUGACUUACCAGAUGAAUUAAUCAAUUCUACAGAAUUGGGACUGACCAAUGGUGGUGAUAUUAGUCAGCUUCAGACAAGUCUUGGCAUGGUACAAGAUGCAGCCUCUAAACAUAAACAGCUGUCGGAAUUGCUACGGUCUGGUAGUUCCCCUAACCUCAACAUGGGGGUUGGUGGCCCAGGCCAAGGCAUGGCCAGCCAGGCCCAACAGAACAGUCCUGGAUUAGGUUUGAUAAACAGCAUGGUCAAGAGCCCAAUCCCCAACAUGGGGAUGGGCACAAGUGGACCAAAUCAGGGUCCCACCCCCCCAUCUGCAGCAGGUCUGAUGAACAGUCCAGUAAGUCAGCCUGCCAUGGGAAUGAACACAGGGGUGAAUGCUGGCAUGAACCCUGGAAUGUUGACUGCGGGCAAUGGACAGGGGAUGAUGCCCAAUCAAGUCAUGAACGGUUCAAUCGGAGCCGGCAGGGGGCGACCUAACAUGCAGUACCCAAACCCAGGCAUGGGGAACGCUGGCAACUUAAUAACUGAGCCCCUGCAGCAAGGCUCCCCCCAGAUGGGAGGACAGGCGGGCCUGAGAGGCCCCCAGCCUCUGAAGAUGGGAAUGAUGAACAACCCUAAUCCUUAUGGUUCACCGUAUACUCAGAGUUCUGGACAACAGAUUGGAACCAGUGGCCUCGGUCUCCAAAUUCAGACAAAGCCUGUACUGCCAAAUAGCUUAUCUCCAUUUGCAAUGGACAAAAAAGCAGUUCCUGGUGGAGGAAUGCCCAACAUGGGCCAGCAGCAGGCCCCUCAGGUCCAGCAGCCAGGCCUGGUGACGCCAGUAGCCCCAGGGAUGGGCUCGGGAGCCCACACGGCUGACCCAGAGAAGCGCAAGCUCAUCCAGCAGCAGCUCGUUCUCCUUCUGCACGCGCACAAGUGCCAGCGCCGGGAGCAGGCGAACGGGGAGGUGAGGCAGUGCAACCUCCCCCACUGCCGCACCAUGAAGAACGUCCUCAACCACAUGACGCACUGCCAGUCGGGCAAGUCCUGCCAAGUGGCCCACUGUGCAUCUUCUCGACAAAUCAUCUCCCACUGGAAGAACUGUACGAGGCAUGACUGUCCUGUGUGUCUUCCCCUGAAAAAUGCAGGGGAUAAGAGAAAUCAGCAGUCAAUUCUGACUGGAGCACCAGUCGGACUUGGAAAUACUAGCUCUCUAGGCGUGGGUCAGCAGUCCGCACCCGGCCUAAGCUCUGUCAGCCAGAUUGACCCCAGCUCCAUAGAAAGAGCCUAUGCAGCCCUGGGGCUCCCCUACCAGGUAAACCAAAUGCCGACCCAGCCCCAGGUGCAGGCCAAGAACCAGCAGAACCAGCAGUCGGGACAGUCUCCCCAGAGCAUGCGGCCCAUGAGCAACAUGAAUGCUAGUCCUAUGGGAGUAAAUGGAGGUGUAGGCGUUCAAACAUCAAAUCUUCUUUCUGACUCGAUGUUGCAUUCAGCCAUAAAUUCUCAAAACCCUAUGAUGAGUGAGAAUGCCAGUGUGGCCUCCCUGGGCCCUAUGCCAACCGCAGCUCAGCCAUCCAGCACUGGAAUUCGGAAACAGUGGCAUGAAGAUAUCACUCAGGAUCUUCGAAAUCAUCUUGUUCACAAGCUUGUUCAAGCCAUAUUUCCUACUCCGGAUCCUGCUGCUUUAAAAGACAGACGGAUGGAAAACCUAGUUGCAUAUGCCCGGAAAGUGGAAGGGGACAUGUAUGAAUCUGCAAAUAAUCGCGCGGAAUACUACCACCUGCUAGCUGAGAAGAUCUAUAAAAUCCAGAAAGAACUAGAAGAAAAACGAAGGACUAGACUACAGAAACAAAGCAUGCUACCAAAUGCUGCAGGCAUGGUGCCAGUGUCCAUGAACCCAGGGCCUAACAUGGGGCAGCCACAACCAGGAAUGACUUCUAACGGCCCUUUACCUGAUCCAUCUAUGAUCCGUGGCAGUGUGCCAAACCAGAUGAUGCCUCGGAUAACUCCUCAGCCUGGUCUGAAUCAAUUUGGCCAGAUGAAUAUGCCCCAGCCCCCUAUGGGGCCCCGGCAAACCUCUCCUCUUCAGCACCAUGGACAGUUGGCUCAGCCUGGAGCUCUCAACCCACCUAUGGGCUACGGGCCUCGAAUGCAGCAGCCUUCCAGCCAGAGCCAGUACCUUCCCCAGACGCCGUUCUCAACACAGGGAAUGAAUGUAUCGAACAUGCCUUUGGCUCCGUCUGGCGGUCAAGCACCAGUGUCUCAAGCACAAAUGUCCAGUUCUUCCUGCCCUGUGAACUCUCCUAUCAUGCCUCCAGGGUCUCAAGGGAGCCACAUUCACUGUCCCCCUCUCCCUCAACCAGCUCUGCAUCAGAAUUCACCCUCCCCUGGACCUAGUCGUACGCCCACCCCUCACCACACUCCCCCAAGCAUAGGGGCUCAGCAGCCACCAGCAACAGCAGUUCCAGCCCCUGUGCCUACACCUCCAGCAGUGCCACCGGGCCCACAGUCCCAGGCUCUGCACCCACCUCCAAGGCAGACCCCCACACCUCCGCCAGCGCAGCUUCCUCCCCAAGUACAGCCUUCACUUCCUGCCGCUGCCCCAGCCGACCAGCCGCCGCAGCCCCUCCCCCAGCAGAGUGCGGCAGCGGCUGUUCCCACCCCCACGGCGCCGCCGCCUCCACAGCCCGCCACGCCCCUUUCCCAGCCAGCUGUAAGCAUUGAGGGGCAGGUGUCAAACCCACCAUCUACUAGUAGCACAGAAGUGAAUUCUCAGGCCAUUCCUGAGAAGCAGCCUUCACAGGAAGUGAAAAUGGAGGCUAAAAUGGAAGUGGAUCAGCCAGAACCAGCAGAUACUCAGCCAGAGGAUAAUCCAGAGACGAAAGCAGAAGACUGUAAAGUGGAGCCUACCGAAACAGAAGAGAGAGGCACUGAGAUAAAAACUGAGACGAAAGAGGAGGAAGACCAGCCGAGCACUUCAGUCACUCAGUCGUCUCCGGCUCCAGGACAGUCAAAGAAGAAGAUUUUCAAACCAGAAGAAUUACGCCAGGCACUGAUGCCAACAUUGGAGGCACUUUACCGACAGGAUCCAGAAUCCCUCCCCUUUCGUCAACCUGUGGACCCUCAGCUUCUAGGAAUCCCUGAUUAUUUUGAUAUUGUGAAGAGCCCCAUGGAUCUUUCCACCAUCAAGAGGAAGUUAGACACUGGACAGUAUCAGGAGCCCUGGCAGUAUGUGGAUGACAUUUGGCUGAUGUUCAACAAUGCCUGGCUAUAUAAUCGGAAAACAUCGCGGGUGUACAAGUACUGCUCCAAGCUGUCUGAGGUCUUUGAACAGGAAAUUGACCCAGUCAUGCAAAGCCUUGGAUAUUGUUGUGGUAGAAAGCUGGAAUUCUCUCCACAGACACUCUGUUGCUAUGGCAAACAGUUGUGCACAAUCCCUCGUGAUGCCACAUAUUACAGUUACCAGAACAGGUAUCAUUUCUGUGAGAAGUGUUUCAAUGAAAUCCAAGGGGAGAGCGUUUCUUUGGGGGAUGACCCUUCCCAGCCUCAAACUACAAUAAAUAAAGAACAGUUUUCCAAGAGAAAAAAUGACACACUGGAUCCUGAACUGUUUGUUGAAUGUACAGAAUGUGGAAGAAAGAUGCAUCAGAUCUGUGUCCUUCAUCAUGAGAUCAUCUGGCCAUCUGGGUUUGUCUGUGAUGGCUGUUUGAAGAAAACUGCACGAACUAGGAAAGAAAAUAAGUUUUCUGCUAAGAGGUUGCCAUCCACUAGGCUUGGCACCUUUCUAGAGAAUCGUGUGAAUGAUUUUCUGAGGAGACAAAAUCACCCUGAGUCGGGAGAAGUCACUGUUCGUGUCGUUCAUGCUUCUGACAAAACUGUGGAAGUCAAACCAGGCAUGAAAGCAAGGUUUGUGGAUAGUGGAGAGAUGGCGGAGUCCUUUCCCUAUCGCACCAAAGCCCUCUUUGCCUUUGAAGAGAUUGAUGGUGUGGACUUGUGCUUCUUUGGCAUGCACGUUCAGGAGUAUGGCUCCGACUGCCCUCCGCCCAACCAGAGGAGAGUAUACAUAUCCUACCUCGACAGCGUCCACUUCUUCCGCCCCAAGUGCUUGAGGACUGCCGUCUAUUAUGAAAUCCUCAUUGGCUAUCUAGAAUAUGUCAAGAAACUAGGUUAUACCACAGGGCACAUUUGGGCAUGUCCCCCAAGUGAAGGAGACGACUACAUUUUCCAUUGCCAUCCACCUGACCAGAAGAUCCCCAAGCCCAAGCGACUGCAGGAGUGGUACAAGAAGAUGCUGGACAAGUCCGUGUCCGAGCGGAUCGUCCAUGACUACAAGGAUAUUUUUAAACAAGCUACUGAAGAUCGGUUAACAAGUGCAAAGGAAUUGCCCUACUUUGAAGGUGAUUUCUGGCCCAAUGUUCUGGAAGAGAGCAUUAAGGAACUGGAACAGGAGGAGGAAGAGAGGAAGCGAGAGGAAAACACCAGUAAUGAAAGCACAGAUGUGACAAAGGGAGACAGCAAAAAUGCUAAAAAGAAGAAUAAUAAGAAAACCAGCAAAAACAAGAGCAGCCUGAGCAGGGGCAAUAAGAAGAAGCCAGGCAUGCCCAACGUGUCCAACGACCUCUCGCAGAAGCUGUACGCCACCAUGGAGAAGCACAAAGAGGUUUUCUUUGUCAUCCGUCUCAUCGCUGGCCCUGCCGCCAACUCCCUGCCUCCCAUCAUUGACCCUGACCCCCUCAUCCCCUGCGACCUGAUGGACGGGCGGGACGCCUUUCUCACCCUCGCGAGGGACAAGCACCUGGAGUUCUCCUCCCUGCGGAGGGCGCAGUGGUCCACCAUGUGCAUGCUGGUGGAGCUGCACACCCAGAGCCAGGACCGCUUCGUCUACACCUGCAACGAGUGCAAGCACCACGUGGAGACGCGCUGGCACUGCACCGUCUGCGAGGAUUACGAUUUGUGUAUCACCUGCUAUAACACUAAAAACCAUGACCACAAAAUGGAGAAACUAGGUCUCGGCUUAGACGAUGAGAGCAACAACCAGCAGGCCGCGGCCACCCAGAGCCCAGGAGACUCCCGCCGCCUGAGCAUCCAGCGCUGCAUCCAGUCCCUGGUGCACGCCUGCCAGUGCCGCAAUGCCAACUGUUCCCUGCCCUCCUGCCAGAAGAUGAAACGGGUCGUGCAGCACACCAAGGGCUGCAAACGGAAAACCAACGGAGGGUGCCCCAUCUGCAAGCAGCUCAUCGCCCUCUGCUGCUACCACGCCAAGCACUGCCAGGAGAACAAGUGCCCUGUGCCGUUCUGCCUGAACAUCAAGCAAAAGCUCCGGCAGCAGCAGCUGCAGCACCGGCUCCAGCAGGCCCAGAUGCUCCGCAGGAGGAUGGCCAGCAUGCAGCGCACGGGUGUGGUGGGACAGCAGCAGGGCCUGCCCUCCCCGACUCCUGCCACGCCGACCACGCCGACCAGCCAACAGCCCACCACCCCACAGACGCCCCAGCCCCAGCCCCCGUCUCAGCCGCAGCCCACCCCUCCCAACAGCAUGCCGCCCUACCUGCCCAGGACUCAAGCUGCCGGCCCCGUGUCCCAAGGCAAAGCACCCGGCCAGGUGACCCCUCCGACCCCGCCUCAGACGGCCCAGCCCCCCCUCCCGGGGCCCCCGCCUGCGGCAGUGGAGGUGGCCAUGCAGAUCCAGAGGGCAGCCGAGACGCAGCGCCAGAUGGCCCACGUGCAGAUCUUCCAGAGGCCGAUCCAGCACCAGAUGCCCCAGAUGGCGCCCAUGGGCAUGAACCCGCCGCCCAUGGCCAGAGGCCCCAGCGGGCAUCUGGAGCCCGGGAUGGGGCCCCCUGGGAUGCAGCAACAGCCACCGUGGGCCCAAGGAGGAUUGCCUCAGCCCCAACAACUGCAGUCCGGGAUGCCGAGGCCUGCCAUGAUGUCCGUGGCCCAGCAUGGCCAGCCCUUGAACAUGGCUCCCCAACCAGGAUUGGGCCAGGUCGGGGUGAGCCCUCUCAAGCCAGGCACUGUGUCUCAACAAGCCUUACAGAACCUGCUGCGGACUCUCAGGUCUCCCAGCUCCCCCCUCCAGCAGCAACAGGUGCUCAGCAUCCUCCACGCCAACCCCCAGCUGCUGGCUGCGUUCAUCAAGCAGCGGGCCGCCAAGUAUGCCAACUCGAACCCGCAGAACCUCCCCGGGCAGCCCGGCAUGCCCCCGGGCCAGCCGGGGCUGCAGCCGCCCGCCAUGCCUGUGCAGCAGGGCGUCCACUCCGGACCCGCCAUGCAGACCAUGAGCCCCAUGCAGGCGGGCGUGCAGCGGGCCGGCCUGCCCCCGCCGCAGCCGCCGCCGCCGAUGCAGCCGCCCAUGGGGGGCAUGAGCCCCCAGGCCCAGCAGAUGAACAUGAACCACAGCGCCAUGCCGGCCCAGUUCCGAGACAUCCUGAGGCGGCAGCAGAUGAUGCAGCAGCAGGGAGCGGGGCCCGGACUUGGCCCCGGGAUGGCCAACCACAGCCAGUUCCAGCAGCCCCAAGGGGUGGGCUACCCCCCGCAGCAGCAGCAGCAGCAGCAGCAGCAGCAGCAGAGGAUGCAGCAUCACAUGCAGCAGAUGCAACAAGGAAACAUGGGACAGAUGGGCCAGCUCCCCCAGGCCCUGGGAGCAGAGGCUGGAGCCAGUCUGCAGGCCUACCAGCAGCGACUCCUUCAGCAACAGAUGGGGUCCCCUGCUCAGCCCAACCCCAUGAGCCCCCAGCAGCAUAUGCUCCCAAAUCAGGCUCAGUCCCCACACCUCCCAGGCCAGCAGCUCCCUCCUUCUCUCUCCAAUCAAGUGCGUUCUCCCCAGCCAGUCCCUUCUCCGCGGCCACAGUCUCAGCCCCCUCACUCCAGCCCUUCCCCGAGGAUGCAGCCUCAGCCUUCUCCACACCACGUGUCCCCACAAACCAGUUCUCCACACCCGGGACUGGUGGCCGCCCAGGCCAACCCCAUGGAACAAGGGCAUUUUGCCAGCCCGGACCAGAAUUCAAUGCUCUCUCAGCUCACUGGCAAUCCAGGCAUGGCAAACCUCCAUGGUGCAAGCGCCACGGACCUGGGACUCAGCACCGAUAACUCAGACUUGAAUUCAAACCUCUCACAGAGUACACUAGACAUACACUAG